AUGUCUUUUCGGCCACCAUCCGAAAUAAAAGUCUCUCAACACCAAAUCCCCGCCUGGGGCCGCACUCCCAACACCUCGAUUCAGAACAAACCGUUGUUAAUCUACCACUCUGCGUUCACGGCGUCGCCGUCGCAGCUCUCUACGCACUUGAAGGAGAUCAACGUGGUUGUUCCGCAUUGGCAGUAUACCAUGUAUAGCCAGAGCCACUUCCAUUCAACGAGCCACGAAGUCCUGGGCAUUGUUUCUGGGCGCGCGCGCCUGUGUUUCGGGGGCGAAGCGAACCCGGCUCGCGUUGAGCCCGUUGUGCAGUCUGGCGAUUUGAUCGUUGUUCCGGCUGGCGUUUCUCAUCGGUUGUUGGAGGAUCUGGAUGGUCAUUUUGGGUUGCUUGGCUCUUAUCCAGCGGGUAAAGACUGGGACAUGUGCUACGGGGUCGAGAGUGAGGAUGACGAUCAGAUUACAAAAGAUAUUUCACAGCAGGCUUGGUUUGACCGGGAUCCUCUGUAUGGAGAUGAUGGACCUGCUAUACAUGUGUAG